AUGAGCACUCAAGCUCGCGCUACACUAGUAUGGCGCGAGAUUCCGGGCCUCGGCCCGAACAAUUCUGCCGAACUCGGCCCGUGCGAAACCGUGUGGUGGUCCGAUACGGGCGGCAAUCGGAGAAGGUCGAAUUUCGCGUGUAUUUCCCACGCGGAGAAGAACAAGGAGGGAAAGGAUUUCGCGCCUGCGUUCGGUCAGCUUCUCAAGCAUCCGUUGGCCACGCUCGCAUUGGUACCCAAAGACGCUGCUCUUUUCGCCGCCGGUGCGAUUGCCGGCGCCGCCGCCAAAACUGUCACCGCGCCGCUGGACCGCAUUAAGCUGCUUCUGCAGACUCAUGGACUUCGGGCAGGACAAGAAGGCGCAAAGAAGGGAAUUGGAUUUAUAGAGGCCUUCACAUUGAUUGGGAAGGAAGAAGGAUUAAAAGGCUACUGGAAAGGGAACCUUCCACAGGUUAUACGAAUCAUACCUUAUAGUGCUGUGCAGUUGUUCGCUUAUGAAGCAUACAAGAAACUUUUUCAAGGACAAGAUGGGGAACUCUCUGUAAUUGGAAGAUUAGCUGCAGGUGCUUGUGCUGGCAUGUCUUCAACUUUCGUUACGUACCCGCUAGAUGUUCUUAGGUUGAGAUUAGCUGUUGAGCCUGGAUACAAAACAAUGACAGAGGUUGCUUUGAACAUGCUGAGAGAGGAAGGGUUCAUGUCAUUUUAUAAUGGUCUAGGACCUUCUCUUAUUGGAAUCGCACCUUAUAUUGCAGUGAAUUUUUGCGUUUUUGACUUGGUGAAAAAGUCUCUUCCAGAAAAAUAUCAAAAGAGAACUGAAGCAUCAUUGGUAACAGCUCUGGUAUCGGCCACUGUAGCCACACUCAUGUGCUAUCCUCUCGAUACAGUCAGGAGGCAAAUGCAAAUGAAGGGCAGUCCUUAUAUGACUGUUUUGGAUGCCAUUCCAGGUAUUGUGGCUCGUGAUGGUUUAGGAGGACUAUACAGGGGUUUUGUGCCCAAUGCAUUAAAGACUCUACCGAACAGCAGCAUAAGGCUUACGACAUUCGACUCCGUAAAGCGACUUAUCGUAGCAGCCGAAAAAGAACUUCAAAGCAUUGAAGAGGAAAAUCGGAAGCAGCAAGAGCACAGUAAGGUCCUGCCCACAACUAUCCCAUCUGCUCGGUACUUCAUGGCCCCUUCUGCUCGGUUUUUCAUGUGUCUCUGCUCGCAACAACCCCACCUGCUCGGUCUUUCAUGGCUCUUCUGCUCGGUCUUUCAUGAGUCUCUGCUCGCAACAACCCCAUCUGCUCGUUUUGGUUUUCAAUUCUCCUCACUAACGCCAGCGAGAAAAGGGAGCCGCCGUGCACUCCAUCGACCACCGGCAAAAAUGUCUGUACCAGUAAACCCGAAGCCUUUUCUGAACAAUUUGACUGGGAAGCCAGUAAUGGUGAAACUCAAAUGGGGAAUGGAGUAUAAAGGUUUUCUCGUAUCCGUGGAUUCUUACAUGAAUUUGCAGCUUGCAAAUGCUGAGGAAUAUAUCGAUGGGCAGUGUACAGGAAGUCUUGGGGAGAUAUUAAUCAGAUGUAACAAUGUUCUUUAUCUGCGUGGGGUGCCAGAGGAUGAAGAAAUCGAAGAUGCAGAAAACGAGUAG